CGGUCGCAAAUGGAGUGGGCAAAGACUUCCUUUGGCCUAGAGCCUCGAUGGUGCUCCCAGCCCGACUUGAUUGCGAUGCAACAUCUCAUUCAGAAAUACCUUGCAGCGACGGGUGGCGGCGGGGUGGUAAGGGUCAAGUAUUUUGCCGAGGGCAUGUUCAAUAAGCUCUACACAGUUUCUUGGAGUCGGAGCAUAUUUUUGAUGCGUGUGUCAUUGCCUGUUUGCCCGAAGCUUAAGACGAUGAGCGAAGUCGCCACCCUACAGUUCGUUCGCCAAGAAACGCAGCUUCCUGUUCCCAGGGUCAUAGCAUUCGACCACUCGAGCCAAAACGAGCUUGGCUUCGAGUGGAUUCUGAUGGAAAAGAUGCCGGGAGUUCCUGUUCGGCAACAGUGGGGGAAAUUGACGAUGGAUGCGAAAGCAGAUCUCGUCAAAGCAAUUGCGAAAUUCCAGGCUCAUCUCUUCAAUCCGAAAAAUCGAUUCCAAGGAAUUGGCAACAUUUUCCAGUCGCCAACAAGUCCCAGCGAACCCAGUUUUGUUCUUGGCUCCAUGGUGUCUCCAGCGUUCUUCUGGGGAGAUCGUGCCAACCGACGGGUGAACAGCGGGCCGUUUCGGAGCAGCCACGACUGGUUAAAAUCCCGCCUCGAGUUGGUAGUGGAUGACCAGGAACGUAUACUAGCAGGAACAGAAGACGACGAUGAUACUGAUGUUUCUGAGCGUGCGAGAGCGGUAGCAAUGAGGCUCCUUGAGCUGCUCCCGACGGUGUUACCAGGGGAAGUCGAGACGGCUGAGGAAUCUGUCCUGUGGCAUGACGACCUGUCCCAGCAGAACAUUCUCGUCGCGGAGAACGGGUGCCUUGAUUCUAUAGUUGACUGGGAAUGCGUCUCUACUGUGCCUCUGUGGAAAGCCCGGGAAGAGCCAAUUCUACUCUGUGGCCCAUCACGGCCUGACAGAGCGUUACGAGAGGACUACGGAGAAGACGAUAUACAGAAAGGAGACGAAGAUUCACUCGACAAUGAGAGUAGUACCGAUACCUACUGGAUUCAUCUCCUUGGGUCCGAGCGCACCGUUCUCCGCAAAUUCUACUACCAAACUAUGGAAGAGCUACUCCCUGGUUUCAAUUCGCAACGGACAAGAGACGCUAUCUUGGUGGAUAUCGAUUACGCCGUCCAACAAUGCGACAAUGAACUAGCUCUUGAGACGAUCGAGUCUUGGCUGGAUGAUCGAAAUGAGGGCAGAUAUUGGAAUCUGAAAGAGGUGAUGAUGGGGUAA